AUGUCUACAGCGUGGUUCCAGAAAACCUUUACGCUUCCCGCCAAGUCUCGCGGCUCUUAUCUCAUCACAGACCAGGUUGUGUCGUCUCUACCAGAGAUCAAGGAAUACAAAGUCGGACUUUUGAACCUAUUCGUCCAACACACUUCAUGUGCGCUUUCUUUGAACGAGAAUUGGGACAGCGAUGUAAGAGAAGAUAUGAGCGACGCACUUGAUAGAAUUGCCCCAGAAGAUAGGAAGGGCAAUCUAUACAGACACUCGGCGGAAGGUUUGGACGACAUGCCUGCACAUAUCAAGUCAGCCCUCAUCGGUGCUAGUGUGACGAUCCCUAUCACGGAUGGUGCCUUGAAUACUGAAAAAAUGAACAAGUUACCGCUCCAAGCAUCUCCAAAGUCCAAUCCAUCAUGGUUCACCAAUAGGAAGACCGCCGUGGGCCGUUUCUCGACUUCCGUUGUUCUUCAGCAGGGUGAACUGGGUUACGGUGAUACUCUCGAGACCUCCGAGUUGCGCAGAUGCUAUGCGUCAGUAGCACUACCGAAUGUCUGUUUCAGGGCCGUCUGCGCCGUUUAUAGCGAUCCAACCUUCGUUCAACCCAUCGUCCCCUACAACGUAGCGCCAAUUGUGAAGGAAGGAUCAAGUACGUGUCGACUACGUGUCGACGCGCACCUGAAAGCCGAAGCUGUGUUUGACAUCAUCGGACGAGAUGGGCAGGUCACCGGUGUGUCGCACCUUGUCUUUCGCGGCAACGAGUACGCUACCAAGAUAGAUAUGGCAGGCUCCAGCACGCCCACUCAAAAUGCCCGGACGCCGUCGCAACAGCAACCGAAGCAAAUGUCUUCGCGACUGCUGAACAUGAAGUUUAUGCAAAGAGCCGCUGCGACAACACCCAGCGCAACAUCUACUCCGACAACUUCUGCUGCGCAGACGCCUGCGACCGAACCACUUGCAAAACGCCGAAGAAUUGAAAGUGCUGCAUCCUCCCCGUCAGCCUCUACUCCUGGAACACCGUCAAAUGGCCUUGCUUAUCCUGGACUGUCGACCCCAACUGCGUCGCAAAACACAGGUUUGGGUGUUGCUCCAAGAGGAGGAACAAGCAGGUUCACCCGGUUCGAAGGUGCAGAUACAGAGUGGGUGCUGGAUGUGAAGGUGGCAUUUCCAGGAGACAACCGAAUGAAGCCGCUACCUGAUAAGGUUGUAAAUACCAAUGAUCGAGGGUCUGUCCCGUCUAGCUCGCGCUUUGGUGUACUCAACGGACGGAGCGAGGAAGAGAAAAGUGAGGAAGGAGAAGAGGAAGAAGACGAUAUUUGGAAUAACGAGCAUCCGACAGGCCGACAGACUUUUGGCUCAUUUGACAGGAAGCGAAAAUCCAGGGCCAGCACCCGCCAUGAUCAAGGCCAGGACGAAGAUGAUCAGGACCUGAGCUCGGCCUCGACCGCGGACUCAGACUCGGACUCAGAGCCAGACAUCCCCAAUUCGUCCAGCAGAUCAAGACCGGGACAAAAUAGAAGUGCCACAAAGCCCACCGCAGAAAUCGACUCGGAUGAAGAGAUGAAUCGAGUCCGAAUGGCCAUUGAGCAGAAGCACCGGAGUAUGGCAGGCGGAGGACACCUGGCGAGAAAUGUCUCCAGCUCUGGCAAAUUCCCCUCUCUUCGUCACGAAGCUGGGGACUGGAAAUGCCGUGCGGAUGGAUGCUCGUUCUACAACUACGCGAACAAUGUCUACUGCAUGCGUUGCGGUACGCCGCGUGGGGAGUCUGCCAGCGCAUCUCUUGCUGGGUCUGCGGGCAUUUCCCGCAAGACGGACAAGGCAGGAAACAAACGGAAAGGGGGACCGCAAGGUCAGGAGGCGGGAAACAAAAAGCAAAAGAACAAGAAGGCGAGGAAGACGAUGUGA